UUUUAAAGUACGACGAGCUGGAGAUGCAAGGAGAGAGAUAAGAGAGAGAAAAAAAAAAAAAAAAGAAAGUCAACGGUGAGCAAUGGAGCAACGUCUUAACAUUACAGCGUGCGUACGUUAAAAACUUUCAAAGAUUUUGGCGCGGUUUUUCAUAAUAUAAUCCCUUCUCUCACCACUUCGCGAACCUGCCUGCCCUACUCGGUCUCAGUAUCUACACUCAUUCUUCUCUUUCUACAUGGGGGGGAACUCUAAAUUCAAGAAAUUCAAGAAUUAGAUUUCUUCCGUCUCUCUGUUUCUCUCUCUUACAUGAGAGCCUUCAUCGCGGUGAAUCAGAUUUCUUUAAUCUCUGGGAGAUCUUUUUACCAACUUGAAUGAAUAAUCAUGAAACAGUGAGGAGAAUAUAACUUUCAUCUCUGAUGGAGUUAAGGAGUUGCACACAUUUGCACUAUAUCCAGGCUGCUAAAGGCGGUUUGCUGGUAAAAACCUUAAAUAGUUUCCGUGGAAGGCCAGCACUUAAAUUAAAGAAAUUGACAGACAUAUAUGAAGCCUUAGGUGUGAAAAAUCAAGGCCUAAUUCUUCAGUCAGAGGAUGAGUUUGAGGGCUUGCUUUUAGAUGGCAAUACAGUUCAGGUUGGAAGACCUCUUAUGUGUGCUGCAGAGGAAAGAGUACUAAUCAAAAGUGAACCCGACGCUUCUGAGUUUAGUUGCAGUGCUGGUGGCGGUGAUGGAACGAACAGUGUCAUGGAUGAUGCUGGCUUUGGUGAUAUGACACUGAAGCAACUUAAGGAAAGAUGCAAAGUAAAGAAAAGAAAACACUCAAAAUGUGUUGAUUUCAGUAGAGAAGAAAAUGUAAUGAGCUCCCAUGUUAAACGGGAAUAUUGUAAGCUCAUUGAAACCGAUGAAGAUGUUAGUGACCUCAUGGAGCCUCUCAGUAGCUGGAAAUCAAAACUUUCAAAGAAUGUGAAGGCCAAGAGUAAAUGCUUGAAAAAACGUGUCUUUGCUCCUUCUCAAAGUGCCUCAUCGGUUAUUGAAUCCGAAGGGAUCCCAAGUCAUCAAGAUUUUUUACAAUCUAAAGGGGAUUUGCGUACACCUAUUGAUGUUAAAAUGGAGAUUCCUGAACCUGAUUGUUCAGAUUUUCAAAAUAAUUCUUCCUUGAUAUGUGACAAUCAGUCAGGUUCUUGUGCGUUGGUAAGCAAAGAAGUGUCUGAGAUAGCUGCUGAAUGUGUUUCAGAGAUGCGGGAACAGGACCCUCAACUUUGUGUUCUAAAUGAAGCCUACUUCGAGAGUAUGGAUAAUUGCAAUGUUGAGUCUGUUCCCAUCGUAAGUUCCUCAGGCAGUGAUAUUGAGAAGGUAGAUGAUCCAGAAGUAACCAGUGAUGUUUUUUCUGCAUCAGAAUCUAAGGAAGAAGAGUAUGUCACGCCUCCUAUUCAUGAUGAUGAUCUCAUCCAAGAACCAAUUUUUUUGAUCAAUGAUCAUAGCUCUGAUGUGCACAAUGAUUCUCAGAUUUUUCCAUCUAAUCAUGAAAUGCAAUGUCAGAUUGAUAGUGACCCCAAAGUUCAAAUCCCUGAUAUGACCAUUCAGAAUUUCAUUCGGUUGGAAUGUAUUGGAAGUGAUGAAUGUUCACCUGAGGAUGGCUCUAGGGAUGAAUUACCUUCUAACCUUGAAACCAGUGCUUUGCGCAGCUCUGUUGGUGACUGUGGGUUGAAUUCUAAUUGCUGUAUGGUGUAUUCUGCUGAUGAUUCACCUGUGGCUGAAGAGAAGGAAUCCCAAAGGUCUGAGAGUAGCUUGAGUUCUAAUUGCUGUUUGGUUUCUUCUGCCGAUGAUUCACCUGUGGCUGAAAAGGAGUCCCAAAGGUCUGACAGUCGCUUGAGUUCUAAUUGCUGUUUGGUUUCUUCUGCUGAUGAUCCACCUGUGGCUGAAGAGAAGGAAUCCCACCAAAGGUCUGCUUGUGGUGAUGCAGAAAGCAACUGCUCCCUGGAGACCCUUCAGCAUGACGCUUCUAAGGAGUUGACAACAACAGUUGAUGCUAGUUUUAAUCAUUGUUUAGAGUCAGAUCGUCCUCCUGAAAGGCUCUUCCCAACCAGAAAGACCAUUUCUCCAGCUUCUCAAGAAAAAUUAUGCAAGGCAUUGGAGUCAGUUCAGUUACAGGAUGAAGAACGUUAUGGUGGUAAGAAGAAAUUAUGCUUUGGAAAACAGAUUGAGAAUGCAACUAAAAUCCAUAAUACUAAAGUGCCUGAACAAGUCAGGAGAAUUAGAUUCUCAAUUAAGCCAAAGCAUAUCGUUAUGAAACCUAAGAAUGAGAAAGGACACUCCCGUUCUAAAGGCAUCCCUAAGGUUCCUCAUUUUUCACAAGCAGUACCACCCAUCGGUACUGAAUGCAAUUCCAUCCAAAGUUGUUCACAGAGUGCCAUUGCAUUCUCAGAACGACAGAUGCAUGACAUAGAAUGUCUUGCUACUAAGCUGACAGAUGAGUUAAAGACCAUGAAAGAAAUUGUAGAAGAAAGGUUGUGGUCUGAAGCCUAUCCAGGAACAUCCUUGAAAUAUAAUGCAAAUGAGGUGAGAAUGGCCAUUAAGAAUGCAUCGAAGGUUGAACAGUCAGCUAAGAAAUGGCUUUCGAUGAUGGCAAGGGACUGCAGCCGUUUCUGUAAAAUCAUGAGAUUAUCUGAGAAAGCUUCUGAAUCUAAAGUUUCUGAAUCUUCUGAUGCUUCUGAAAGUGUUGUAAACAAAGAGAGGAAAAGGAUAACUUUCGCUGAUGAAGCCGGGGAAAAACUGUGCCAUGUCAGGAUUUUUGAGAAUGACCUCACGACAUGGUUGGGAUCUGAUGGUGAAAAGCAGGAAAUGCUAGUUCAGUAAUUUCAAGCACUUGCUUGUUGUAUACUUGCAUUUAUUUCUUGAUAUUUUUUGGCCUAUGUUCCCUCUUAAAUAUCAGAGAAUUCCUUGAGGCCUUCAUGUAAUCAUUAAUGUUGCAUGUAAAUUUGAUGAAUGAGACUGCAACUUAAUUCUAAGAUGCAGUAUCCAGUAUUUCUUUGUUCA